ACGCCGACGCGCUGUGGGAUGGCGCUAGUCGCGAGCACAUCCGCAGAAUCAAAAAAGACAGUUGGGAAGUGUAACAUCACACAUCGAUUCGGCGACCCGCGUCGAGCCCGAAAAAAAACUUCCCUUCUCCGUGUUUCUUUGAUCCUGGCCGUGUCCGGUCGCGAUAAAGUCCGGCGUCUAACGUUAAUGCGUGCGUACGCGUGUAGUGCGGUGAAUCUAAGUGACUCUCUCUCUCUCUCUCUCUCUCUCUCUCUCUCUCUCUCUUUCUCUCCCUUGUUCGGUGAACGUGAACGCAUUAUACGCCGAUGAAAACGUGACUGUCCCUCGAUUAUACGUGGUGGUUCCUGUCACGGCAUAGCGGCAUAGUACCAGUAACAGAAGCAGUAGCGGCCCUCUCGUUCAACCCCCGUCACCCGAAGACCGCGUCGCCGACAACGAGGGAGGGAAACUCGGCGCGCUGAUAACGGUCGCGGCGGAGGUCACUGCAUUGCGGUUAGCAGCGCUACAUCGGCGAGAUACCGACGACGACGACGACGACGACGACGACGACGAAGACGAAGACGACAAAGACGAAGACGACAGCGGCGUAAUCGCGCCGCAAAGGUAGUGGGGUUGAAAAUCGACGCUUGCCCGCUGUCACCCUCUCUCCAGCAUCUCGUCCUUCGAUCGCUUACUCGUGCGUACCCUUCCAAAAGUCCACUGCCCCUAUCUUUUCCUCCGUUCCUACGUACGGGUAUUGCCCGUGAAGUUUCAUCGCCAUAUCCACGUGCGUAUUCAACGAACGUACGCGUAUAGAAAGUCAACGCGUAAUCAUCACGCAUACGCAGAUACGGUUCCGAAAGACGGAGAGAGAAAGAUACGCGGACGGCGCUUGCGCGUGGUAUCGGCGCAGAGAGUGGGAGUGGGAGUGGGGAGUGCGGCGCUUGGUGGGGAGCGUCAUCUGUCGCGACGUUAGUGUGACGGCGACCGGCAGCGGGUGUGGAUGGUGCUUAUCAGUGUGCGCGUGUUUAUCGUGACGUUGCGCAAUAAGGGACGUGAUAACGGUUGUUUAUCCUAACGUCGCUCGCGCGUGGACGCUUGAACGCGUGAGCGCGGGUGUUGGUUGCGACUCUCGCCUUCUACUUUUCCUUCGUCGUGCAUCGGCGCGCGUUGGACACGCGCGCCGUACCGUCUCGCGGCUUCGUGAAUGUGCCGCUUGGCCGCUGCGAGGCGGUCCAUCGUCCUCGGGAAAACAUGCGCGCGGCGGGCCGCUUGUGGACGACCGUGGAUGCAACGACCGCAACAAACGGGAACGUCGCGCCGCACGUGACUGCCGCGACACCCGCGCAGCUGCUUCCGGCGCAGUGAGUGUUUGAGAGAAAGCAACGCGCGCGUUCUCUGUUCCCGCGGUAUACGUUCGAUAGAUAGUAGGUUAAUUCGAGUCACAGUGUCGCUGGCGUAAUUAAGGGUGCUUCGGUUCCGCACAGUGUGACGGUGAUAAUACACGGUGCGCGCGGUACGUGUUCGCGAUUCCUUCCGGAGUUUCGUUCUCGAGUGUGCCGUUUUUCGAUCGUUCAGUGUCCGCGACGGAGACUGCGAAUCCUGGCACGUCAUUCCGAGUGUCGCUGCGACACCAUCGUGAGGAAAGGAUGAGGCGAGCCAGCCUCCGCGUUGCUCCCAGGAUGCACCCGUUGCUGUCCUGCUGGUGCUUCGUCGCGACGGUCACCCUCGCUCUGGCCGCUUGGCAGGAGAAUGUCAGGCCGAAGAUGUACGUCCAGCUAGGUGCGGAGGAUGUGUUCAGGUUUACGGGCAACGAGACGCACACAGAUUACUUUCGGCUGGUGCUCAGGGACGGGAACUAUCUCCUGGUCGGCGGAAGAAAUCUCGUACAUAAUCUCAGUUUGACCGAUUUGACGGAGCAGCAGAGGCUGACCUGGUACUCGACGGAGAACGACGUGAAAAUGUGCGUCGUCAAGGGUACGCCCGAGGAAAACUGCCAGAAUUACAUUCGCAUCUUGGUGAAGACCGGAUCGAACAAUUUGUUCGUGUGCGCCACCAACGCCUUCAAGCCAAUGUGCCGUGAUUACACGGUGCACGCGGGCAACUACACGAUGAUGAAAGAGAAGGGCGGUCAGGCGAGGUGCCCGUACGACCCGCAGCAUAACAGCACCUUCGUCUACGUUGACGGUGAACUCUACACUGGCACGGUCGCCGAUUUUGCGGGCAUGGACCCGAUCAUCUAUAGAGAACCGCUGCAAACCGAGCAGUACGAUUCGAUGAGUCUAAACGCACCAAACUUUGUGAGCUCCAUGUCCCAAGGAGAUUUCGUCUACUUCUUCUUUAGAGAGACUGCUGUAGAAUAUAUCAAUUGCGGCAAGGCCGUGUACUCUCGCGUAGCGCGAGUCUGUAAAUAUGACCGGGGUGGACCGCAUCGUUUCCGUAACAGGUGGACGUCCUUCCUGAAGUCGCGUCUCAAUUGCUCCGUUACCGGAGACUUUCCAUUUUACUUUAACGAGAUACAAUCAACGACCGAGUUAAUAUCGGGCCAGUACGGUGGCACAUCGGCGCAACUCAUCUACGGCACCUUUACAACGCCGGUGAACAGCAUAAGCGGUUCGGCGGUGUGCGCCUUCUCGUUGCAGGAUAUCACCGACACUUUCGCCGGUAAUUUCAAGGAACAGAGCGCCAUGAAUUCCAAUUGGCUGCCGGUGCAGGACACAAAAGUGCCAGAUCCGAGACCCGGACAGUGCACCAAUGACUCGCGCACGUUGCCGGAUCUGACGCUCAACUUCAUCAACACGCACUCGCUGAUGGACGAAUCGGUGCCAAGCUUUUUCGGCCAGCCGAUCGUUAUACGUACUAGUUUCCAUUACAGAUUCACCCAGAUUGCUGUGGAUCCUCAAGUAAAGACUCCGGGCGGUAAAACUUAUGACGUUCUCUUUAUUGGCACAGACAAUGGCAAGGUGAUCAAAGCGGUGAAUGCCGAAUCUGCCGAUUCUCAUCAGAAAGUCAGUCCGGUAGUGAUCGAGGAGAUACAAGCUUUCCCGCAAACAGUGCCGGUUCGCGGCAUCAAGGUGGUCCGAGCCUCGCAGGCAGGCGACGGCCUCGAGGAUGGUCGAUUGGUCGUCAUCGCUGACAGUCAAGUGCAGGCGCUAAGACUCCAUCGAUGCUACAGUGACAGAAUAUUGUCCUGCGGUGAAUGCGUCGCCCUGCAAGAUCCGUAUUGCGCCUGGGAUAAGGUGGAAGGCAAGUGCAGAGCGUUGGUUGGCCCAGCAUCGACGGAUGCCAGCAGGUUUUUGCAGAGUGUCGCGACGGGGACACACACAUCCUGCCCGCCAGGCAAGAGUUUGAACAAGGAUGCCGGAAGCGUCGGCGCUAUAUCCGCCAAUAAUAAUAAGUUUCCGCAAAACUCGAUAUCGAAUAAAGACAAUCCGGGUGGCGAAAUUAUCAAUAUUACGCAGGAAGAGGACCAGGACAACUCAGGUCCGGAAGUAUCCGCAGCUGACACACCUCCUCCACAAUACUCUGUGGAAACUUUAGUGAUGGCCGUGGUGGCCGGUGCAUUGGCCGCAUUGUUCGUUGGCUUUGUGGCCGGUUAUUUGUGUGGCAGAAAGUGUAGGAAAGACGAGGAUGAUAAUUUACCCUAUCCAGAUACGGAGUAUGAGUACUUCGAGCAACGACAAAAUGUGAAUAGUAAUGUUUGUCUAUCCACAUUCAGCAGGCUUGCGCCCGAGCCAAAGCUAUUACCGCAAGAGGAGGUGACCUAUGCGGAGCCGGUGCUGGUUCCACAACCGCCGAAACUUCAAUCCCCAAAGGGUACUAUGAGGAAACCACCACCGACUCCCACGGAGACUCUCUUUCAAUUCCCGGAAGGUUAUGGUUUCCGCGGGGGACCGCGCGGCGACAAUUUUGGCACUCUGCGUUCUCAUCAAGGUGACGCGUAUCGUCGCAACGACGGCUUUGCGACCACGCGCAGCGUCAAGAAGGUUUAUCUCUGAGAAACGAGCGAGGAGGGGGGUGGCCGUCACCGGAGCCUAGGACGGCCAGCGCGCAAUCGCCACAACGCGACAACGGCCAGCAGAAGUAGUCGCGCUGUGACGUCCGGGGGACAAUCAAAUCGUGAGCUCGCCGGUCCGAGGGCAUUGGAAUCGCCCUCGCCAUCAUCGAGCGUAUCAUCGAGUUCCCCGUCCCCUCCCUCCUCGUCACCCUCGCCCACCCUCGUACCGAUUGCCAUGAGCGGCCAACAGCCACCGCCGCCGCCAACGCCACCUUGCAGCUUUAUCUAUCGAUCAUAGUCGUCGUCGUCAUCGUCAUCGUCGCCGCCAUCGUCGUCGUCGUCAUCAUCGUCAUCGCUAUCAUCACGAUGGUCGUCAUAUUCUGCUUUCUGCUCGAUGACGCGAAGAGAUGAGAGAGAGAAAGCGUUCUACAGUCCUAGCGCGUUAUUCCGAAAUGUAUAAAUUGAAUAAUCAAGAGAAUAAUCUCCUGGCCAGAAAUAUCGCAAAAAUAACUUCAAUGGAUGCCGCGGUAUGUUUCUUUUGUAUCUUAAAUCUUUUUAUUUCGUUCAAUUUUUAUUUUCAUACUUACUUGCGUUGGUGAUAACAAAAAUUUUAAAUGUUGGAGUUUUGCGUCGAUCGAGUCUAGAUAUUACCGUUUGUUUGCAUAAUAGAAAUUGAGAGAUCAAGAUAAUUAUUUUAUGAAUUGGUCGUUUAUCACAUUAGGAAAUGUCGAGUCGAGCAAUCGUGCAUAGGGCAUUUUAUUUUACUUAUUCACGAAUCAUUAUAAUGUCAUAAUACAACAUUUCAUAAUCUUUGUAGAAACGAUAUUUCAAUUGAAAUGUUACGUUUGAUCAAUAACUUGAUUAUCCAUGCACGUUGAAGAAUAAAUAAGGCGAACGCAAACAUUUUAGCAUAACGAUUGUCUAUUAUCUUAGAUCUUUAGUAUUAAUUCGCAAAAAAUGAGGAAAUAGAAUAACAAAAAAAAAAAAGAAAGAAAUUCUAUCUAAUUAUCGAUGCUCGAACAUGUAAAAAUUCGAGUAAAGUUUGGUGAUUAGGCUCGAUUGACAAAAUAGUGCGAACGUUACGCGGCGGUUCGCAACAAAAUGUCGUAAUCUCCACUAUUUUAUUAAUUGACAGUUAGCAUCGAAGUCGAUAUGUGUAAUUGUAAAGCUACACAACAUAGUAUUAUGAUGAGGCUUUUUUCAUAAAGUCAAUUAAAGGAGACUAUCCGCAAGCUCGAAACACGCAAUUUUUCUAACGUUGUAAUAUUUAAUACGAGUGAUUGAUAGUGCCAUUAUAGACCACGUAACACUUCUGCGUGCCUCGAAAUUAAAGACGAUCAUGACGAUUAUCGACAUUGUUGGCCAAAUGUUUUUCUCGGUUGGCCAAAUGGAGAUUAAUGCAUUUAAUUAAUUGUACAUAAUAACGUCUUUGUCUUUAUAUUCGUUCUUUUAUUUGUCUUAUUUUAUUUUGUAAUUUUAUUCUGUAUUUUAUUUAUGUAAUAUAUUUAAUAUAUGGAAUAUAUAUUAUUUUAUAUUUUAUAAAUUAUAUAUAUAGGGUCGUUUAUAUAUCACAUGAAAACUGUUAGAUUCGGAGUUUUAUUCGGACUAAAGUAAUCUUUAAAAGUGUUAAUAGAAAAUCCAUCGUUUUUAAAUAUAAUUUAUUCAUUUUAAUGUUCUCUCUCUCUUAAUUUCGGGAUAUAUUAUUAUCAUAUUAAUCAGAUAUCUGAAUCAUAAAAUCGUGGAGAUUGCUAUAUUGCGUGAAUUAAGGAUGCGUUAACUGAUAUAUCCAAAGGAAGCAGUCAACAAGACUAUGUUGCUGCUGUUCAUAAUAAAUAUGUUAAAAUAGUCGUCGCGCGCGCGCGGAAAACGAUACUAAUUUCUAGUUUCUCGUUUGUGAAUGUUGGUUCAUCUAGUUCUGUGUACGCUUCGGAGACGCGCGUUCUCAACGCCUGCACAUAUACGUAAUAGAGAGCGAGAGCGAGAGAGAGAGAGAGAGAGAGAGAGAGAGAGAGAGAGAGAGAGAGAGAGAGAGAAAGAGAGUGGGAGUAAAAGUGAGAGGCACAGCGCUUAUAUGUACAUAAUACAUAUACAAAAGCAUAUACAUCAAUUAGGAGUUAAAAAGAAACGAAAACGAAAAUCAGUCCAUUUAACCUGGGCCCGAUGGUGUAAGUAAGUAGACAUCUAUCUUAAAGUGCUUCUUAUUUCGGUGUGUUUAGAAAUAAACGUGUAUGUGAUAUAUUCUAUAUGAUGAGAUGCUUUACGAGCAUCGGAAGAUGGGAGAGACGUGGAGAGAGUUUUUAACUCAGGGCUCUCUCGACGGAUCUGAGACGAGACAAACGCAGUAAUAAAACUCGGUCUUUUGUUCACAAGAAUUCGUCGCUGUGCUUUGUAAAUAUUUUUUUUAUACAAUUUCUCGUAUCUAUUUUACGCAUAUAUAUACGGUAUAUCAAACUCUCAUUGAUUUCUGACAUCUCGAUCUCCCGCAAUUCCACAGUGUCGCGAAAAAUCUCUACAUUCCAGCAGAUUGUCUUUCAUUGAUCGUGGAAUUUUGUGAACAAUCGAACCUGAACUCUGACACGCACACAAUACACAACUACACGAAUACAGACUUACUACAGGUUGUAAGAUUUCUGUAAAUUUUAUUACUGCCUUUUUUUACUUAUCAUUAAAUAUCGUUUAAUUUGUUGAUUUAAUGUUAAAUAUAUCUCGAGAACUCGUCGAAAAUUAUCCCUCAAACCGUAAGACUGAACAAAUCCCCUAACGGCGAAUCUCUCAAUAUAGUUUUGCUUUUUUUACAAAUUUUAUAUAAUCGACAUAGACAAGAAAUAUUUUUUAUUUUAUUUUAUUUUAUUUUUUUUUUUUUGACGAUACACAAAAACAUUUUGAUCAAAUUUUUUUAAGUGUUUCCCGUUCCAAGCACAAAUUAUUCUUUAUUACGCUUCGUUCAGAAGCUAACGGAAUUUAAUCAAAGUCGCGAAAAGCGGAUUGUUAACUCUACGCUGCUAAUAAUUGCUGAUAAUAAUCGCUGAUAAUACUCUUUCAGCGCGAAAUCCAUAAAAUAAAAACGACGAUGUGAACAUACCUAUCUCAUUGUUCUAAUGACUGUCAAAUGAUAUGUGCAUAAUUGUUGAAAUAUCUAAACUGCCAUGUGGCACAUUGUAAUCGUAGAAUAAAACCGAUACUUUGUGCUUGAAACAAGUAGUGAUAGGAGGAACAUGAACUCACACAAAACACUCCCAUGUGAUUUUCCACGUGGUUCGAAGCUGCCAUAAUCGAUCCGACAUUCAUUGUCGUCUCGCAGAUACGUUUAAUUAUCUCUCGGGAGCUAAAUAGCGUUUCUAAUGGCUUACUUCGCAUUAUGCGAACGAUGAAUUUUUUUUCUAAGUUUGAUACGAUACGUACCGAAUAAGGGGUUUUAACAAUCGUUUAGUGAUUUUUUGUAAACGGAAGACUCAGGCAUGAUACCAAAGAUAUUAAUUGUAAACUAAACAUCGUUAGUCACACAUUGUGAUGGUUAAUCGUUAGAGAAGGCGCACAAAACGGUAUUCAUUAACGAUAGGAAGGUGGCCCCCUUGCACAUAUGUAAACUCGAACACGGUUAUACAAGAACACUCGCACUCGUACGCGACACGCGAAACUAACACAAGAAAAGAACACGUGUAAGGAUGUUCACCUUAUUAGCGAGUUUUAAUAAUCAUGUUGACGACACAUUAGUUGGAAGACACUCGCGAUAUUAAGAUCGUAGAAUUCUAUUAAACAUUGGAAUCAAAUAAUGCAUGAAAAACAGGACGUUCGUGUACCACAAAAUAUUUUUCAAGAGAGAACGAGAGAAAGGAAGUGUGUGUGCGUAUAUGUAUGUGUACGUGCGUGAACGAAAAAACGGGCGAGAGUAAGGGAGAAAAAGAUAAUGAGAUGUUAGCGAUAGCUCGGUGUUCAAAAAAAGUCAAAAGUCUAAUAAGCUUACGAUAUUGCUAUCGAGCGUUGAUGCUUUAAUAAAAGAAAAAUAAGUAAAAAAAAGACGAAGAUUUGUAAAAACGUGUUCAAGGAGCUCGUAAAACGUUCAUGUUGUUUAAGCCAAUAAGGAACGGAUUCCAUCCAAGACAAUGACUCGAUCGAAUGAAGACGAUUAGAGCAAUUCUCGACUCGGUGUAAAUGAGUUCGUUUGUUCGGCAUUGUUAUAACGGGGAUGUGUAAAGGACGUUGUUCGAUUAUAAGCUUCGCGUGAUUUGCGUUUAACGAAUAUCGGGGAAGACGUAAUCAUGUGUUUCAUGCAUUAUUUCAUUUCAAUCCCUCGAAUCCGAGUUAUUUGUCUGUAUAUUUAACGGAUGCGAGUUUAGCCAGUUAUACUUAUUAAUUGAAAAAGGGAAAUGAAUCUUAAACAUAAGAUAUCUUCUUGAUUAAAGGGGGAUCGGAUAAAAAAUAAAGUAUGUAUGAAAGGUGCGAGGAUGUAUGGAAGUUUGGAGAUAAGUAGAAGAUUAGUAAUGGUACACACAUACGUAUAAAUAUAUAAAUAUAUAUAAAUAAAUAUAAAUAAAUAAAUGAAUAUAUAUAUAUAAAUAAAUAAAUAUAUAUAUAUAUAUAUAUAUAUAUAUAUAUAUAUAUAUAUAUAUAUAUAGAACGCUUGAAACGUAUAUAUAUUAAUGAUAUUAUAACUUUUUAUAAAUAUAUUUUUCCGUCGAAGUCUAGCCUAGUUGAUACAUACACAGUUACGACUAUUAAUUUAUCCGAUCUGAUUAUUAUCGAGAUCUAGCGUUAAUUCGGACAUCUUAGGCGUCAUAGUUUUACAUGAUAGGCGAGUUGUACGAAUUGUAAGUCACUUAAUGAGAGAGGAGGAGAGAAUUAGUACCUAAUGUUAAACAAAUUUACUACUAGCGUUGAAUAUCCGAAACGGGAGUCUUCUUCCCUUCGUGGUCACCUUUUCUUCCUUCCCUUUCUCCCCUUUCCUCCCCUCGUCCCAAAUUCCCAGCCGUCGGAGGAUUUCGCCGAUCAGACGUUCCAUUUAAAGUGUAGCAUACCAUGUAAGAAUGCGCAGAGUAUAUAUAUAUAUAUAUACAUAUAUAAUAUAUAUAGGUAUGUGUAUAUGUAAGAGUCGAGAGAAAAAAAAAGAGAGGACAUUGUAUUUUUCGAAAUUCGCGUUUCAUCGAAAACUCCAUUGCCACGACGGCCAGAAUCUCGCGACUGUUAAUCAUUAAAAACGCGACGACCGGACCGCGGAGGAAUGGGAUUCCCGUUUCCCGCUUUGUAAUUAAAUGAGGAGGAGUGAAGAAUCGAUGAAAAAAAGGGCGAUGGGGGAUGACUGUAUUCAUCGUUCUCACCCUCCCUUCCCUUACCCCCGGCGUGCGUUCACAGUUUGACAAGCGUGAGAAAGAGUGUGUCGAUGUUUUUUUCCGACGGGGGAAAAUGUACUGGACGCGCCGGUCCCCUCCCCACACGACAUUGUAAAAUGAGCGAGCACUAAUAAUAAAUGAUAUUAAUAAUAAUAAUAAUAAUAAUAAUAAUAAUAAUAAUAAUAACGAUAACAGUAUGAUAUAAUUAAUACUUAAGAAUAAUCAUAAUGAUGUAAUAACAAUAUUGCGAUACCAGAAGAUUUUUAAAGAAAAAAAAAAAAACACUAUAGCAUUUAUCAACGAUAAAAUAACGAGAAUGUAACAUGUAUUUUGCUUCUUCCUAAUACAGUGCCGUUUAUGCUAUUUUUUACUGUAACUAACUAGAAGCUCGGCGUGCGAGAUGUGCGUCCCAACGGAGGCGGCCGCUCGGCAGAGAGCAUACGCUACUUUAAAAAGCCGGUCUGUAUAUUUAAUCGGCCAUGUGUAUCCUUAAAGUAAUCGUUCGCGGAAAAGCGCCCAAAUGUGACUCUGGUACACGUUUAUAUUUAUAUUGGCACCAUAUCGUCGCCGUCGUUGUCGUUGUUAUCGUCAUUUUCGUCGGCGAUAUCGGCGAACGAAAAGAAUUCUUUAGACACGCAUCGAGCGAGAAGAAACACCGCGAAUGCGAAGUGUGCGUGUAACAUGUGUAUGUCGGCUCACUUGGAUCGAGAUACUCGCCGUCGUAUUCCCGUGUGUACAUCCACAUGGUUUUUCUUCGUUAAGAUUCAAAUCGUCGUUCGAUCGAUUGUCUCGAUCAUGCAUCCAUCCGGAGGCGUUUGUUUGCCGAAAAUUUUACUGCCGUAAGAUUUUCAUUGUACAUUUAAUAUUAUCACGCGGUGUCGGAUAUGAUACACGUUCCUCGAUCUGGCAAAUAUUCAGCGAAUCGACACACGCAUCCGGAGAGUCAUCAUGUCUCGGAUCUCGUGAGCGUCACGAUUGCGUUCGCCGCACGCUACUCGUUAUCCAAACGUAUGUUAUUACUCUUGUAUUACUCGUUAUAGACGCGCUCACACGUCGUGUCGUUCGCGAGACCGAUGAUUUGCGAGAUGCAAGAUUGUCUGGCGUGACGUGACGCGAGGCGUCGCGGCUUGGCAAGGAUUGGCGUUUUCUCGCGCAAAUCAACGAUGAACGACGUGAGAAAGACGAUAAAAGACACAUAGGCUAUACAUUAAAAUAGCAUUUAAAAUCGUAAGGACAUACGGUACCGAUUUUUAGCGUUUAAGGCUCUCUAAUGUGAGAAGGCACUGCAAUUAUCGCUCUACGCACAUAUACAUACGCGAUUGUGUGCGCGACAUUACAUACGGAUACAGGCACACGUACGCAGACACGUCAAUUGAUCCGAUCGACAGCGCUGUCGAUGAGAACCUGCUAUGUCUCAGCAAAAUUAUAAAAUUGUGUAAUGCGAUCGUAUGGCGUACCAGCGUGAAUUAAGAUAGCUAGUUUUAUAUUGGUUUGUCGAGAUUGUGAAAUAAUUACUUGGCAAAUCUGUCAAACGCGAAACAAAAACCUGCGUCUGUAUGAGAGAGAAACAGAAAAAUUCCUUUCUAUAUCUCCGAUUGCUAGCUGAGACAUUCUAACAUUGACAGAUGAACGUGAACGAUAGCGUCUUAGUCUCGUGGAGUACGCGCGCAUUGCAAACCAGAGUCGCAAUUUGGGAAGAUUCUUCGAUUUAAUUAAUCGGGCACGGUUGUGUGCGUGUGUAUGUGUGUGUAUGCGGGUAUGUGUGUGUGUGUCUCCGCCGUACUUAUAAAUCACAUUUUUCGAAAACGGAAGAUCGGAGCAACCACCAUUAAUCGAUCGCAGACACUCAUUUUGUGUAGCACACAGCAGCGUGACGAUUUAUUCAUUCAUUCAUUCAUUUAUUUGUUUGUUCGUUCGUACGCUCGCGCGCUUCACGGUAACAAUUUUUCUCGAGGCCGGCGCGCGAACGAAAUUAUCCGAUGGAUUAAGAAGGGGAUAAAGAGAAAGAGAUAGCAAAGGGAGAGCGAUACUAAAUAAUAACGCGAUAUUGCAUUAAUAAUGAAGGUAUAAUAUUGCCGAUAAUUAUAUUGUAACGACACACGAAGGGAUGAGGAUAUAUUAAUAAUACAAUACUAUUUAUAAACCGCGAGAGAAGAGAGAGAAAGAUGAGUCGGAGGUACUCAGCGAGGGGAGGAAGCGCGACGCGAGCGAGAGGGUUGUAGGAGGAGAGGAACGAGAGAGACGGAAGAGAGGAGAUAGGUAGUUUGGCAGUAGGCUGAUGGUAGAGACACGGCACGUCUAAUAUUAACGAACAAAAAAAAAUAUAAUUAAAAAAAGUAAAGUAUAAAAUAUAUCAUAAACGCGAAAAAGGUACAGUAGUGAUUUACUAUUGGCUGACACGUAGUGUGAAUGCUGACAUAGGAAAAGCAUGCUGGCGAAGGGGAGCUUUUUGUCGAUUUUUCUGUGACGGACGGCUGGGGAUGGUACGUCGCGCGAUUUCGCGGGACACGUGGCGGGGUGAGUUUUAGGAGCGCGUGGACGUGUUGAAUCGGUUCGUUUUGCAAGAUAUGCCGGGAAUGGACGAGAGCAAGGCUUUCUUUCCGCGCGACUUCGCUCAUUACAUUGAUUAAUUUUCGCAUGUAACUACAGAUUGUCUCCGAGCUUGACAUUUUUUUCUUCUUGCAUUUGACGAUAUUUCAUUCUAUUCAACCACUAAGUAUUUCAUCAUACAAUUACAUUGUUCCUUUAUCACAUUUUUAUACUAGACGCGGUGUUUUUCUAUAUUUUUCGAGUUAUCGUUUAUGCUUGCGGGAAAUAAAAAUUUAUAUAGGCUGAAAUUAUUAAUAUCGAAUCGGUAGAUUUAUAGAGAAGCGCACGAUGCGGAGGUCGAUAAGAAGUAAAACGCGAGACUGCGAGAGAGGGAAAGAACGAGAGAGCAGAUUAAAGAACGCAAAUGGUGAGAAUGUGACGGAUACUUGUGAAAGGAAAUUAAACGGAAGCGUAUGAGAGGGCGAGAAAGGAAACUUGAUCGAGUGAAAGAGAAAGAGAGAGAAAGAGAGCGAGAGAAUGCGGAAGAGUGAUUGUAGAUUCGGAAAGUCACUUAGCCAGCAGACUGCUGUUCAUAGUGCCCUGUUAUAGUGGGUUCCCUAGGCAGAGUGGCAGAGACGCGGUUAAAAAAAAAAAGGAAGACAGAAGAAAUGUAAAAGUAAAGUAACAGUCAAGUGGGAAGGAAAAGGGAGGGAAGCGUAAAAAACGAGCAACUAGUCUCACUACGAUUUGAAAUGCAUCUUUAGAUGCGAACAUGCGAGCGCCGCGACGACGAAUACCUGUCUAAGGGUCUCGAGCGAGAAAACAUUGUAAUCGAUACAACGAUGGAUUAUUUAUUGUAAGCGAUGUUGAGCACAAUCGAAUUUUGUCAAGUUUCUCAUCAUCUCGAUGAAAGACACGAUAAUUCACGCCAGUCAAAACUGUAUACGCUCUUAAAUACAAUGAAAUAGCGGGUGCGAUAUUCAUUCUUACAACAUUUUGUAUCCUCGUCAGAUAUGCGAACAAAAGCGAUUAUCGUUUAGAAAGGACGACAAUCGUCACGUUAUCGAGACGCACAAGUCGAACGCUGUUGGAUUUCUAGCGUGAUUCUUCGUGGUUGUUUCGAGUCCUUACAGCGCUCAUGAUUAGAAUGACACAUAGACGAGAUGGACCGCUCAUACGAUCUGGUCGAGACCUACGAUCGUUCUUUAGGUUCUCGUCCAACUUAGGGUUCCGGGCCCCCGUGGAGAAUUUUCAAAUGCGACCGGAUACCAAAAGAAAGAAAUAGAGAGAGAGAGAGAGAAAUGCGGAAGUGCAAAAAUAAGAAAUUGUCCGGAAAUGAGGCACUCCGCCCUCUGCCCACGGGACCCUAAUCUAUUUUUCAGAAUACGCUAUUGUGAUUAUUACUAUAUAACAAUUUAAAAAAUUAAAACGACAAAAAUAUAUAUACCUUGUAUCAUUGUUUAUUAUACGAUUCCGACGAUUAUAUUAUUUAUAAUGUUAAUAAUCUAUAUUAACGAUAAUUACCGCAUUAUACCAUUAUUAUAUUUAGUACUAUUAUAGAGAGCGAGGCUGCUGCUAUAUUAAUGAAUUAAGUAUUAAAGGAUUAAGUAAUUCUCAUCCUUUUUUAGACUUUAUAUAUAAAUAUACAAACACAUGAUUAACAAAAAAACAUACCUCUCACGUUACUGCGUUCGUAUCGACGAUUUACGUGUAUUUCAUUUCCGACAUUCAAUCACUUUACUUUUCUAGGCGCUACUCAAUCGAGCACUUUCUGCUUUCGUUGAAUCUGUUUGCAGUUCGACGACUACGUUAUUUUAUAUAUCAUAAUAGGUAUAGACUGUACCAUGAAAUAUUAAGUAAAAAUAAAUUUGAUUAGGUAAUA